CCCUUGCCCUCCUCUCUCUCUUCCUCCCUCCUCGCCGUCCCCCCCGUCGCCCACACCCCGCUCGCCGCUGCACACAGUCACCGCGCCCACACGCUCCACAGCACAGCACAGGCUUGCUCUCGCCGCCUCUCCCCGAUGCGCGAAUCAAACUUUGCGUUCCCCGCCCAGAACAGGGCGUCGGUCUGCAUCUCCAGCCAGCUCUAUGACAGACGAGCGCUCGACACCAACUCGUCGCUGCCGCUGUUCAACUCGCUCACCCACCUCACCUACCUCACCGCGACCUCCCCCCGAAUACGCGAGAUCAUGACCAUGGACGGCGGCCUAGAGCGCCUCGUUCGCCUCCUCCACGACUUCUGCCUCUCCCCGCCGCCCCCGGAAAACCCCGCCGUCCUCUACGGCCUCCUCCCCCCCGCCCACCGCGCCCCGCGCCUAGCCCCGGCCCUCAACCCCAAGGUCUUCGACAAGCACGCCGCCUACCGCUUCUCCCUUGCCUUCCAGUGCGUCGUUAACAUCGGCGUCCGCGGCAGCGAGCCCAUCCGCAGCCGCGUCGUCCAGGCCGGCACACUCGACGUCGUCGGCUGCAUCCUCGAGGCCUGGCUCGCGAACAAGGGCUUCGCAGUCGGACCCAGCUCCAGCGCGUCCGGCAUGCCCAGGGAGUCGCGCGAGCAGCGUGUCGCCCGCAGGCUCGCGCAGGCAGAGCAGCGCUCGCGGGAGCAGGCGGCUGAGCUC